GCUGAGCGAUGGAGCAUCUGCUCAGCCUGGUCCGUGCUGCCUGGUUUUGAGCUCAAGGCCCUGCCCAGGCUCUCGCCCACUGCCCAUUUUCCUGGUGUAAAUCCCCAUCAAUGAGGUUCUUCCGUCUCACCUUCAAGUGCUUUGUGGAUUGCUUCUGAGGCUGCACCCUGAUCCCCUCCCAGACCCGGAGCCAGUUUCCCGACCCGACACCCGUCUCAGACUUCUGCCGCGGAGCCCUGCCGCCAGCCCAGUGCCAUGGCUCCAGUGCCCACCGAAGCAUGCUCAGAGGGCAGUGGGUGCUCAGAGGUGGCCGAAGCAGAGAGUGCCGAGCCUGUCAGUGGCUCAGGGGAAUCCACCCUUGAGGAGAGAGCCAUCACUGCCCCUCUGGUGGUGCCCAUGGGCCCUGCGAAGCUGCCCUUUCCUGAGCGGGAGACCUGGACACGGCAGAUGGAUUUCAUCAUGUCUUGUGUGGGCUUUGCUGUAGGGCUGGGUAACGUCUGGCGCUUUCCCUACCUCUGCUACAAAAAUGGAGGAGGUGUCUUCCUGAUUCCUUAUCUGCUAAUCGUCUUUGUCGGGGGGAUCCCCGUCUUCUUCCUGGAGGUGGCCCUGGGGCAGUUUAUGAAGCAAGGUGGGAUCGCUGCCUGGAACAUUGCUCCCCUCUUCAAAGGUCUGGGCCUGGCCUCGAUGGUCAUUGUCUUCUUCUGUAAUUCCUACUACAUCAUGAUCCUCGUCUGGGGUCUCUUCUACCUGGUUCACUCCCUGACAGAGACCCUGCCGUGGGCCACCUGCGGCCACUCGUGGAACUCCAACCAGUGCACCGAGCUCUUUGGUCUGGGCGGCUGUGGCAACAACACCAGCAAUGGCACCGCCGGCAACUGCAGCCUGACUGACAAGCGCUCUCCCGUCAUUGAGUUCUGGGAGAACAAGGUGCUGCACAUUUCAGGGGAUCUGGCUGAGCCAGGAGAGCUCAGCUGGCAGUUGAUCCUCUGCCUCCUCACAACUUGGGUCAUUGUUUAUUUCUGCAUCUGGAAAGGGGUCAAGUCAACCGGGAAGGUGGUGUAUUUCACGGCACUCUUCCCCUAUGUGGUUCUUAUUCUUCUGCUCUUGCAUGGGGUGACGCUGCCUGGCGCACUUGACGGUAUCGUCUACUACCUGAAACCUGACUGGUCCAAGCUUGCUGUGGCUCAGGUAUGGAUUGAUGCUGGUACCCAGAUCUUCUUCUCAUAUGCUAUCGGGCUGGGAGCCCUGACCGCACUUGGCAGCUACAACCGCUUCCACAACAACUGCUACAGGGAUGCCUACAUCUUGGCUGUGAUCAACAGUUCGACCAGCUUCUUUGCUGGCUUUGUGGUGUUUUCAGUCCUGGGCUUCAUGGCAUCAGAGCAGGGUGUGGACAUCUCCCAGGUGGCAGAGUCAGGUCCAGGCCUGGCCUUCAUUGCCUACCCUAAAGCCGUGACCCUGAUGCCACUCUCCCCACUCUGGGCUACACUGUUCUUCUUCAUGCUUCUUGUCCUGGGGCUGGACAGCCAGUUUGUGGGAGUGGAGGGUUUCAUCACAGGUAUCUUAGACCUGUUCCCGCAGCCUGCAGCAGGCUCACCACGCAGAGAGAUCACGGCGGCCAUCUGCUGCCUUGUCUGCUGCAUCAUCGACCUCUCCAUGGUGACUCAGGGCGGCAUGUACGUCUUUCAGCUCUUUGACAACUAUUCGGCCAGUGGAAUCACGCUGCUGUGGCAGGCCUUCUGGGAGUGUGUGGUGAUUGCCUGGGUCUACGGAGCUGACCGCUUCAUGGAUGACGUCGCCCGCAUGAUUGGCUACCGGCCUCUGCCCUACAUGAAGUGGUGUUGGUCAUUUAUUACCCCAGUGGUGUGCGUGGGCAUCUUCCUGUUCCACGUGGUGAACUACCAGCCUUUGACUUACAACAAGACCUACGUCUACCCAUGGUGGGGUGAGGCCAUUGGUUGGGCUCUGGCCCUUGCCUCCAUGCUUUGCAUCCCCUGCACUGUCAUUUACAAGCUUCUGCGAAGCAAGGGCUCCUUGCAACAGCGCUGGCAAUUGCUGACCACCCCAGUCUGGGGCCAUCACCACCUGGAGUACAUGACACCCGAAGCGGAGGCAAAGCUGCUGCCACCACCAGACAGUCUCGCCGCAGCCCCUCCGGCGGAGAAGGCUACGCUGUUUGAGACUGUGAUUUAAUUUCUCGUGCCCUCUGUCCCCAUAGCAAUAACGCCAGGCACCGAGACCGGUUACGGGGAGCGGGGGAUAGCAGGCGGAGCACUCCGCCCUUCACGGAGGCAGGAUCCCAACGCGAGAGAUCAAGGAAGGCCCCUUUGCUCUUCUUGCCCUCUGGUUGCGUCGAGCACUUUCCAUACGAGGCUGUCUUCAGGGAGGUACGUGGGGGGGAUGAAAAGCUCUGGAUCAGAUUUGGCUGGAUGGAGGUGCUCAGAGCAGCAGUGGGCAAGAACAACGCACGCACGCACACACGCACGUACCUGCACCACACACACCCUGCACACGUAGAGUUGAAGGGCUGUCGUUCAGUGGUAGAGCACCGCAUGAAGAAGGCUCCAGGGGCAGCCCCUGACAUCUCCGGUGAAAAAGAUCAGGAAAGCCACUGUCAGUCAGAAUAAACAACACUGGGCCCAGUGGCCUGACUCAGAGUAAGGUGACUUCCUAGGUUCCUGUUUA